AUCUAAAGGAAAAACUUAUAACCUCCUUGCUCUCUUCGAAUCCGUUAAGCGUACGAGCCCUAGAUUUCGAUCUAGGGUUUCUUUGCGCUCUAGUUCAAUUUUCAAUUCUGCUUUCAUUGGAUUCUGGGGGUUAAGUUGUUCUUACAUUAUUCCAUUUCCCACGAAUUAGAAAUCACAAAGAAAAUGGUGAGGGUGUUGAGAAGCUGCAUUCAAUCCAUAUUGAAGCUGGUGAACUCGGUGAUUGGGAUGGCCGGGUUAGCCAUGAUUCUGUACUCCGCUUGGAUGAUUAGGGUUUGGCAGAGGGAGAUGGGUGACCUCCCCUUUGGUCACGAUUCUGAUGAUUAUCCACCUCCAUGGUUCAUUUACACGUUUCUUGGCCUUGGAGCGGUGUUCUGUGUAGUAACGUGUUUAGGUCAUGUAGCUGCAGAAACUGCUAAUGGCUGUUGCCUGUAUUUGUAUAUGGUGUUUGUGGUUUUGCUUCUCAUGCUGGAGGCUGCAUUAACUGUUGAUGUAUUUGUGAAUCAGGACUGGGAGAAGGACUUCCCAAAGGACCCCUCUGGGAGUUUUGAUCAGUUCAAGAAUUUCAUCAGAUCAAAUUACGAGAUGUGCAAAUGGGUAGGCCUGUUUCUUGUUUCUGUACAGGGACUCUCUUUACUAUUGGCAAUGAUACUCAAAGCACUAGGACCACAUCAAUAUUAUGAUAGUGAUGAUGAAUAUACUCCUGACAGGGUGCCACUCUUGAAGAAUGCUCCACCUCAAUAUGUUGUUGUUGAUCCAGGAUAUGCACAUGGAAAUGAAACAUGGAAUAGGUCAAAUAGGUAAGGCCAUAGCCUUCAAUUUAACCUUGACGUCUGGAUCCAUGGAAAGUGAGGCAAGCAGUCCUUUUUUAUGCCAAUUGGUUUAGAAGAUGACCUACACGCUGGAGACGGAUUAACUAUUGAAUCAAUGGCUAUGGGAGAAACAAGUGCUUAUCGUGAUCCUGGGGACAAAUAAACCAUUUUCACACAGUUGUGAGUAAACGUGUGUAAUCAUCAUAUAUCAUGUCUGUUUAUCGUAAAUAAAACACAAUCUCUUGAUGAACAACCCCCUCUAUCUUCUGUUAAAAGUAUCUACGAAGGUGGAUCAAUAGAUAUGAGCAAAUAUUCUUUUGUUUAAA